AUUUUUGCAGACACGAGUUCUUUCUAUGAUUCCAACAUCCUCAUCAAGUCCAGAACUUUCUCGAAUCUCCUCCCUCGUCUCUCCGAUCCGAGUUCUCUGAAUCCAUCCACAUGUUUGAUCAAGAUAUCGUGGGACUGAGACGAAGAAUGGACAGACUUCAUGAUCUGAAAAUGUCUGAGAUGAUUAAACUCGGCGCAAGCAACAAGAAAAUGGCUGAAACCCCAAGUGAUUAUCACAAUCACAAGGAAGACAUGAUGAUGAUCAUGUGCGAGAAAUUUCAGACGGGCCCUCAAGUUGUUCCACGGCUUGAAGACACUCAAGAAUUCACUGUCGAGAUCCGUGACGAAUCAAAGAUCUCGACGAAGGGAUUUCACGAUCAAGAACAAGAGAAUUCGACGAAAGAUGCAGAAUUUACAGUUCCUGACGAGCAUUCUGAAACAGGCCGCGGCCGUUCUCGACGCGGUCCGAGGAAGAGAUACGGAAACCUCCGACGUUGUAUCGGCAGUUCGAGUGAUGAGUUUGUCGAAGAAACAUCAGAUGGGUUUACGAGAGAGGUUCCUUCGCUGCCACGCAAAAGUUCCAAGAGGAAACGAGUUGUGGAACCUCGUACCAGUUCAUCUGUUAAGAGACGAAGAGCUAAAAUAAAUCAGAAGAUUCGUCUGUUACAGAAUCUUAUACCGAACUGUAAUGAGGCGGACAAAGCUUCAGUUCUUGACAAGGCCGUAGACUAUAUGAAGAGCCUUCAGCUUCAGUUGCAGGUUAUGUCGAUGGGAAUUCGACCUUACAUGCUUCCGAUGAUGUCACCAAUGGCUGUGGCAAUGGCAAUGUCUCCGGUACACUGCAACAUUCCGUCGAAUGCUGCAGUAGCAGUAGCUGCGCCGUUCAUAACGCCGUUUAAAUCUCCGUUAUCUACUCUCCUUCUGAAUCUUUCCAAUCAUCACGCCCCCAUCUCCCCUGCUUGUUUUCAGUGUCCUCUGGGUUUUUUUGUCCGUUCAAGCUUAGGUUUGUCCCCAUAUCACAAUGAACUCUACGACAGAUUAAGAUUUGUAUGAAAAAUGGGCAUCAUUAUAAUCCAUCAAAUUUCGUAUCGAAA